GGAUGACUGUUGAUUUUCAACCAAUUACUCUGCAAGCGUUUGGGUGUUAUUGUUCGGGUGUAUUCCGUGUAGUUGAUCAACAAUCCAGACAAAACAAACACAUCGGUUUGAACUAGUAAAGAGAUGUAGUCAACGCUGAUGAACAACUUCACAUAUAUUUAUUCUAAUAAAAGGCCACAGUAAAAGUCUCUGUCACUAAACACGUCGUUACCCUAGAGGAUUAUAUCGCUAACUGAUUUUCCGGUCUCUAACCCAACAUAUCCCAAACGUCACUAGUCCCGUUCAAUAUGCCUCUUCUAUGGUGCGUCGCUAAAUAACUAAACUAUAAAUAAGGUGUCUAACACUACACAUCUGAUAAAGACUGAACUGCUGGCGAGAGAGCACACCGUGUAGUAAGACAUUCGCUGUGCUUGGCUUGGGGAAGCAAUGGUCUUCUGAAGAUAAGAAACUUGUGGGACUACUUUGGAGAUCUAGAAUGAGGCCGAAAUUUCAAAGUAAGAUUAUCUCUACCCACCUGGAAAUAUUACAGGAAACUAUCUCGGAGCUAGAGAGGUUGGUAGUGCGUGGGAGGAAGGCGCUUGAAGAUGGUCAGUGCUGGCUGGACGAACAAGAGGACAUGCCCAAACAGUUCUCCGAGGUCCAGAUUCUACUCGCCGAUGAGAUUUCUUUUGCUCUACGGAAAUGUGAACAAUUAGCAAAGGAAGGCGAUGCUUGUAAUGUUGCUGAUAAAAUUGAACCGACAGAGAGCUCGUCAAGUGGACACUGGACAUCGACAUCUUUGUCUUCCAAACAAGACACUGACUUUGAGUUGAGCUUUAAACUACUGAACAUCAAACUGCAAGACUUCAUUUCAACCCACGAGCUCAGACAAAACGACCUGGAAGACAAGCUGGAUCGUCUGGAAAAGAAGUUUGGCCUCCUGACCAAGUCGGCAAUAAGGGAAGAGAUCGUCAAAGAGAUGGCACCGCUCCUCGACCUGACCUACAAGCUCAAGACUCAGGUAGACCGUGGCCUGGAACUUGGCGAAAAGUGCGAGGCUCGUCUGGACAAGCUGGACCUUAGGGCAGACGAGUUCUCACCUACUGUGGAGUACUUAAAGAACAACGCGGAGAACAGAGACAAGGAGCUGGCGAGAGCAACAGAGAAGAUCCAGACUGUCAUGUCCAAGCAUAUUGAGCUGGAAACGAAAGUUAAGGACAAAUUUGAAAGUCUCCUUGGCAUGUACGAAUUUCAGCAAAGCCAGAUAGUGGCCCUAACCCUCACCACCGAAGAUGUGGACACCUUGAAGUCAAAGCUCAUCAGCUUAGACAGAUCACCAGAGCCAGUCGGAUUCACUGCCAGAAUCCCAGCUUUGGAAUCAAUUUUGAAUCUGUCACGAAACCACGCUAUGCACUUGAACUGUUUUAAAGAUGUGCAGUGCAACUUUGGAGGUCAUUACGACCCGAGCACUGGCCUGUUCACGGCUCCAUGCGAUGGUCUGUACGCUGUCAGUCUUGGGGUGACAUUUCAACCUAAUCAGAAGGUGGCCUUCAGUGUUUGGAAGAUCAUUAAGGGAAACAAAGAAUGCGUGACUUCUGCUGGAACCCUUGACAGUUACAGCAUUUGUUCCACUGUGGUCUUGACAGCCCUGAAGGCGGGAGAAAUGCUUUGCGUCACAUCAGGUUAUGACUCUGGGUACCUCAAACUAAACAGUUUUUGGAAUUUCUCUUGUUUUAUGAUUCAAAAGAUGUAAUUAAAUGUGGUGCUAAAAAAAGAUUAUGCUAUUU